AUGGGUAUACCGAUCGGAUGGAAUGUGAAGCGCGAGGAAGCAAAGGAGAAAGAUGUACUUCGAGCCGACAUCGCCGGCUCACGCUCACCCAUCCGGCGCCGCGCAAGACCCAACAGAUCACCGCGUCCUCGCAGCACACUCGAUACCGAUUUCCUCAUCUCUGCUCCGCAUAUCGAGUGGAUACCUCGCUCGUCACAUCGCGCGCGUUUGGCGCCGCCACCUGUUCCUGAAGUCUCGAGGACCGAAUACCGCAGCAACGAGGCUUCGAGGCACCCACCUACUCUACAGCGCGACGAGAGCAGCGUGCGCCGUUCGCGCAGUCGUUUUGAUGGCUACAUGCGCGCCCACGAGAUGCGCGCCACUCCCGACCACGAGCGCCCCUUAGCAGCCUUCACCCCAGGAUUUGCGCCAGCUGCAGCUUCGCGGACGUCAGAAGCAGAAGCACAACGCGAUGCGCAAGACCCUUUUUCACGCCUGCGAGGGUACACUUCAUACCGUCGCGCCACUGGACGAUCAACGCGAACACGUUCCCAGAGUCCCCGUGCUGACCCAUCUGGGGCGCGAGGCGACACUGCGAAUGUGCCCGAGGAAAGCCACGAGACAGGCGAGAACAACGCCGUAGCUUUCCCUCCACUACGCAGGAUGGGUCGCCGUACUAUUGCGGAUGGACCGCUACCCGCCAGCUCCUUGCGCGAGUCUUGGAGCCCUGUUGCUACACUGGACGGCCUGGGCGACCGGAAUCGCAGUGUCAGCCCUUUUGACGAUCAGUUGCAAUGGGAUAGUUUUCUCACCACUGUCGUCGACGACCCUGUUGCACCAACUGCGGGGUCAUCCUUUGCAUCAGCCGCAGCGUCAGCCUCAUUCACAAACUCGCAUACCAGUUCGCGAGCGGGAAGUGCCAAUUUGGCGGCAUCCUCGCAAACUCAUCUUACAGUGCCAUCCCGACGUCACUCACCUCCACAAAACGAACAAUUCAUGCGGGCAUGCGAUACCUCGGAGGAUGACACAGCAUCAGAUACCGAAGAAGAAGAAGAAAUGGAUAUACGUGGCAGUAUACGUCGUCGUACAGGCACAGAGGCUUUUAGAAAUCGCUUGGGUAUCUCACACUCGGCUGAGCCUCGCCGAAGAAUGCGGCCGUCGUAUUUCUCCAACGAGCCUCCUGCGCGAGAUAUAGAGCGUUACUCACUCCGCGUAAUCGACCGAUCCCGAGACGCCAGCGAAGUCGUUCGCAGCUUCUACAACUCGGGCAUUUGGAGAGAUGUCGAGACAGAAGUGGCGCAGAGGCCACAAAUACCACAGCUUGAUGGACCUUCAGAGGAAGCUGCGAGCGCCAGCGACAACGAGAGCAUUCCUCCACUUGUCCGUGCCGACUCACCGCCGCCGCCGCCACUAGAUCAGGAGCUCCGUGACGCGCGGUCGUUGCUGGAGCGUCUUGCGCGCAGAGAAGAUGUUAGUGACGACUUUUGGGCUUCGGUAGGCUUGACGCGGUCUUUUGCCGACCCUGUUGAGCGCUUUCAGGAGCUUGAGCGGUUGUGA